GUGCCGGGGCAGCCAUGGGGGAGGCGGCGGGGGGCAGCGCGGUGCCGCCGCCGGCGGAGGCUGCGGGCGGAGGGCAGGUGAACGCCCUGACCGUGCUGGCCCUGCUGGAGAAGCUGGUGUCCAUGCUGGAGUCGGUGGAAGGGCAGCAGCGGCAGAUGGAGCAGAGGCAGCGGGGGCUGGAAGGGGCGGUGAAGGGCAUCCAGGGGGACCUGGGCAAGCUGUGUCGCAGCCACGGGGCUACGGGCGCGGCGGUGGAGAAGCUGCUGGAGAAGUCGCAGAAGGUGUGCGCGCACACCCGCGCCGUGCGCGAGCGGCUCGAGCGGCAGUGCGCGCAGGUGCGGCGGUUGGAACAGCACCACGCGCAGCUCCUGCGGAGGGACCGCUUCAAAGUGCUCAUCUUCCAGGAGGAAAAUGAGAUCCCUGCCGGUGUUUUUGCAAAAGAGCCUGUUCCCAGCAUUACAGAAGGAAAAGAAGAGCCUGUAGAUGAGAACAAAACGCUGGAAGAAACCCUGCAUGCAGUGGAAUUGUCUUCAGAGGAUGACAUACAUCAUGAAGAUGAUGUGGGUGACAGCGCAGACGAGAAAGCAGAAGAGUCAAGAGCUGAGAAAAUUAAAAGAACCAGCCUGAAGAAGGUCGACAGCCUCAAGAAAGCAUUCUCCCGCCAAAACAUCGAGAAGAAGAUGAACAAGAUCAGCACAAAGAUUGUCUCACCUGAACGGAGAGAGAAGAUUAAGAAAUCCCUUACAGUGCACCAUCAGAAAUCCUCCUCUUCCAAGAGUUCACCUUUCAAAGUUCCGCUGACGUUCACUGUGAAGAAAUCUCGUGAAGGAGAAAGCCCUGCUGAAGCUGAAGACAGACCAGCAGAUACAGUAAGCACCGACCAGGCUGAGAAUGAGGAGGAGAUGUCCUUCGCUGACAUGCACUCAGAUAUGACCCCCACCACAUCUCUGGCUGAGGAGAGCAAAGCGGUCAUUGAUUCUUUGGAGAAAGAAGCCAGGAUGGAAAGCAGCGUCAUGACAAACAACAACAUCGAGCUGUCCAUUGUUGAGGAUGAUGAAGAGUAUGGGAUGCCUCUCGAAGAUUCCAGCCAGAAACUGUAUGAUGAAAGGAGCAAACCAGUCAGUGGAGAAAUGGAAGAAUCCGAUGAAGAAACAACCCAAGCAGCUGUUCUGCAGAUAGACCAAACAGCCUGAGAUGUGAGAGCCGUCCUUCAUCUUCCAGAUACUGACGGUUUUGCCUAGGUGAAUAACUGGUUUUUGCUACACGUGUGGUAGUGGUGUUCGGGUUUCUUCCAGCCUUCUCUCUGCAAUGAUAAUUUACUGCAUCGUAUUGGAAUGCAGAGGGAACACAGCCAACAACUCGGGCUGCAGCGUGCUCCAAUUUUUAGGCCAAUCCUCUGGUAUUCAUUAAUGUAGAGAUACUGUCAGCUGCAACAGGAGACUAACAGGAAAAAAGAGUAUGUCUAGCAGGAGCAAGUUGCUCAGCUGGCUUUCUUCUAGUUGGGUCAGAGAAAUGCAGGGAGAGUAAUCAAAGCCCAAAUACUUCUUUUUUCCUCUCUCAGAGUAUUUAGUACUGUGAGUAAUUUUGUAUGUAAAUGUAGAAAUACCAAUGAGAACACUUGAGUGUGGUUUCUUUGCUAUGCUCUGUGAAUGCUGACUGCCUCUGAAGCUGCAUACCUGUGCAGCUGGUGUGGAGCUUUGCUCCCUGAUGUUGCAAGGCCAGAAGAGCAGAGUACAUAGCAAAACUGAAAAGUUGGCUCCUCCAGUCUCUAUGGGCACAGAAGUUUUGCCAGUAGUCUCUCGAUUAGAAGAAAUGACCAUGUUUAUAUGGAAAUGAAAAGAUGUAUUUCAUGCUACCGGAGUUACAGAAAUACAUUAGUGGCAGGCAUGAAUGUGUAAUCAGCUGCUGUACCUUUAAUGGAUUGGAACUAGUUAAAAAAAACAGGGAGGAGUUUGAUGGAAACAAUAGAAACACACAGAUAGUCUGAAGGAAGUAUGAAAUGCUAUGAAAUAUUAAGGAAAAAGGGGAGGAGGGGGGGGAGCAAAAAUAGAAGCCCACUAUAUUAAAUCUAUACUUCCAGCUUAAAGAAUAUAUACUCAGAUAACACUAAUUAAUUAAUUCUUAAUCCUUGUAACAAUAUGCUGUCAAACUUUGCACCUGCACAACUUUGUAUCUCAGAGUAUUUUGGAAAUAGUAUAAUUUAUCUUUUUACAAAUUAUUUCAUAUAUAUAGAGUUAUAUCUACACAACAGAGUUAGAUAAUUACAGGGAUGUAAGGACAAUGCUUCAAAAAGGUGAAAAUGCUUUUUUAGGCAUGUCUCAAGGGAAAAUUGCGUUAGGCACCGAAUACGAUGACAGGCAUGAGUUUACGUAGGAACGAGUCUGCAAAGGCACAAGAUUUGAUUCUCUUUUAAUAACUUAGCUCAGGAUCACCUCUGUGCUCACAAAAUCGGAUGCAUAAUUUUUCAAAAUUUGGAAAUUCGAAAAUGAGAGGUUCCAGAGGAGCCCAUUCGCUAUGAAUGUUCAUUCCUGUCACUUCACAAAGGUAAGGGUGCGGCAAAGAAGGGGAGGCACAGUACCCACAACAGUCACCUUACAUCCUUGUUUGUUUAUGCAGUGGGUUUAUUUUUUUAUAUAUAUACAAAUAUAAUUCUACUGAUGCUUAACAUUGCACUAAAAGGUUGCUUCCUUCAACUUGUAUUUAGAAUCACCAGUUAUAGGGGAAAUAAAAACUACAGCAAAAAUGCCAUUGUGACAUGUUGCGCAGAUACUGCUCCACAGAGGUGGUAUCUGUGACCAGUAAAUCACACUGGAAAUUAGUUGGUAAAAGCUUACUGUAGGCAAGUACUGUUAGAAGUUAAGCUCUGAAGUAUCCAGCAUCAUAUAGGAGAUACUGUUUGCAAGGAAAAAAUAAGGCAUAACUCAUGUGGCUUUGUUUCUAUUUUGUAUUAACUACAGUGGAUUUCCAAUGUUUUUACUUGUAACUAACGACAAAUAUGACAAAUAAAAGCCUAACAUGAAA